AUGACAGAUGCGACGGAUCUCCAGUAUUCCAUCCCGCCCCAGAAGCCUCUCAAGGUUCUUAUUGUGGGCUGUGGAAUUAGCGGGUUAACGACAGCCCUUGGAUUGAAGUUAUCCGGCCAUGGGGUAACGAUCUUCGAGCAGGCUAGCACGCUGACAGAGGUGGGAGCAGGAAUCCAGUUAGCACCCAGUGCGUCUAGGAUCCUACGUCGCUUAGGCGUAUUGGUGGAAGCUGAGGAGAAAUAUUAUGCGCCUCUGGCUGUAAUCCAUCGUGGAGAUCUUUUGGAUAUUCUGGUGAGGAAAGUGAAGGGCCUGGGAGUAAGUAUACUCUUGAAUGCGAGAGUUGAGGCUAUCGACCCCGAAUUCGAGGCCCGGAUCCAAAUACACCCCAAAGACAACCCCAUCACGUCCGACCUCAUCCAGCAAAAUAUCGGAAUGAGAUGGAUGGGACCCGGAGGACACAUAAUGGCUUAUCCCAUCAAGAGAAACACAUUCUACAACAUGGUCCUGGUCCACCCGCAGACGGUUAGUGGGGAAAGGAAAGACGAAGCUUGGACAAGGGUUGGAAGCGAGCACCAAAUGCAGCAUAUCUACCAGGGUUGGAACGAAGUCAUUCAGAUGCUGCUGUUCUUGGUUCCAGAGCAAGAGAUAGUUAAGCGGAGUUUGCACACUCAUUCGCCCCUUUCACACUGGUUCCAGAACAAAUGUGUUCUGGCAGGAGAUGCAUGCCACCCUGUGUGGCCGUAUGUGGCCCAGGGAGCGGCCCAGGCCGUGGAAGAUGCAGCCGCUUUAACGUUAUGCCUCUCUCUUACUCAAGAUAUCCCCACCGCGUUCAGAGAGUACGAGCUCCAUCGCAAGGACCGGGCGGAGAGAAUACAGCACAGCGCUACCGCUACAAGGGAAGUGCUCCAUUUGCCUGACGGGGAGGCGCAGCGUCAACGUGAUGCAGCUCUGAGUGGUCAUACCGACAACCCUGCGGAGGGCGAUACUACCAAGAUGUCAGACAAUAACAGAGACACUUCAUUCGUUGUAUGA